AUGGGUAUCUGUUCUAGUAGAUAGAGAGAAAAUUUAUAAACAGAUAUUGAUAGUGUUCCUUUGUUAACUAAAGGUUAACUUGGAUUCGAUGUAAUUAUUGAGAACAUUAAAGUGAAAAUGGAUGAUAUGGUAUUAAGUUUAGUAAUUUUAAUAAGCAAAGUUGCAAAGUAAAAAUGGCAAUAUCAACCUUUUCGUCAUUUGAAACUGAAGAAGAGAAGGAAAGCUAAGGAUAAUUUUAUGUAAUUUAAUGAUAAUUAUUUUAGUUUAAACAUAUUCAUAAAUUUUAAUUAAAAACAACAGAGGAGUAAUUAAAAUAAUAAUUUGUUGUAGUGGAAUUACAAAAUGAAAAGGGAGAAUAGAUUUCCACUUUUAAACUUAAUUUAUAUUAAAUAGCUACAGGUCCAUUUCAUAUUGAUUAUGAAUUUUCUUAAGUAGGAUCAAGAAAGCAUGGAAAAGUAAGUUUAGAUUUCAAAAUGGCUUAAAUUCUUAUUGUAAGAUUUAUUCCUAAACUUAUUGAUUUUACCUUGAAGGAACCUUUAAAUCAAAAUGAAUAUUGUUUUUAAUUAAGAAUGUUGACAUCUUAAUUACAAUUUCAUUCCGAAUAUUCACCAGUAUUUUAAAAUCAUAUAUUCCAAAAAACACAAUAACUAUAAUCUAAUAAAUAAAUAAUAUGGAAUGAUUCCAAAGUAGAAAUGGAAGUGGAAGUACCUUUAAUCGAAAUUACUUCCUCUUCAAUUUAAAUUUCUUUGUGGCAUAUUGGUAAAGAUGGUAAAAAAGAAAUAGAAUGCGAGGCAUAUGUAAAUUUAAAUUAUGCUUUAACUUAAAAAGCUGAAUGCGUAUUUAUUAUUGAUAUAUACAAUAUAUAGAUUACUGAUAAAGGAAUAAAAUAUUAUAGAAUAGAUUGGAAAUAAAAUAAUAGAAGAGUAUGGAAUCAUGGAGUUUAAGAAGGAAUGCUUAAUUAUCAUUUAGAAAUAAUUUUACCAUUUCAUUUGAAAUAACAAAUUGUUGGAGUUCGUACUGACAAAGGUGUAUCCUAAGGAACCAGAGUAAUCAAUUAAACUAAAGCAAGUAUAAGGGAGAUUUAAUAAUUAAGUUCAGCUGGAUAAGGUUUAUUAGAUACUUAAUAUAUUAUAUUAAGCAAAGUAUAUUAAAUAAUUAAUUUUAUAAUAGUCUGAACCUGAUUAAUAAUUAAUUACAUAAUAAAAUGAUUUCAUUAAUCAAAUUAUUGAAAAUUUAAAGUUAAGUCAUAAAUAAUCUAUGGUGUGUUUUGAAUAUAAAACUCAAUAAGAUUUAUUUAAUUCUUAAAAAUUAUUAAUAGAUUUAGCAAUUAGAUUAUUAGAAACAGCAGAUUAAUAAUAAGAAUAAUUAAGAGAAUAAUACUAUACUAUAUUAAAAUUAUUAAUGAAUAGAGGAGAACUUAGUUUAUCUUAAUUAGGAUUUUCUGAUUAAACAUAAAAAACAAAUGAAAAGUUAUUAAAAUUUAAGAUGGAUAUAGGUUUAAGUUAUUAGAUCUUUUUAUAAAAAGGAUUAUCGACAACUUUAGAGAAAUUGAAGUAAAAAUCAUUAGCACAAAAUGAAAGAUCUUUUGUUGAAAAUUUCUUUGCUAAUGCUUAUUUCAGAGUACCAGAAUUUAGAAAUAAAAUAAUAACUAGUGUUUAAAGAGCUGAAGAUGAAUAAAUUCCAGAAUGGAGAUCACUAACUAAAUCAAGUGGUGGAAUUUCAAAUUUAGAAUUUAAUGAUAUUUUUGAUUGGAAUAAGCAUUUUUAUGAAUAUUUAAUGAAAGAUCCAAAAUAUUAUGCUAAUAAUCAUAAAAUGAAUGAAACUAUUAAUUAAACAAUGUGGUAAAAAAGAUUAGGUAAAAGAGGAAUUGCUUUCUUUUUAUUUCUCAAAGAAUGGUGUGAUUUGUUAAAUACUUAUAUAGUUAAUAGUAAAAAUGUUCCAUAUCACUAAUUGCCAGGAUACUUUUAGCUUGUUAAGGCAUUUUUUUUAGAAUUAAAAUCUAGAGAAAUAAGUAAUUAUCCAGAAGCUUUAAAAAUUGCUUUAUGUUCUUUACUUAGAAAUACAAAUUUAUUAAAUACAAUAAUUGUUAUUUUAUUUAAUAAAGUUAAUUUAUAUAAUUCUGAUAAUGUAGUUCAUUGUUUAGAUCUAUUAAAUAAAUGCUUUUAAAAAAUAUCUUAAUUUAAUUUAUGUAUGCCAUCAUUUUUAGAUCAAAAAUAUUUUUUAAAAGGAAUUAGAAUUAUUUUAUCUUAAAGUGAACAUGCCUAAAGCAUAGCAAAAUGCUUAGAAUUAAUUUACACCAAUUAUUUAUUAUUUCCAGGUAAAUUUUCAAUAUUUAAAAUAUAGUGGAUCUUAAGAAAGAAUUAACUGAUAUGAUCUUUGAAAAUUUAGCUAUUAAAUUUUUUAUUCAUUGGUCUUAUAAUGUUAGAGUAAUAUUUCAUUGUUUUCUGAUUUAUCGCAUUUUUCAUUUACAUAAACCAAUAAAAGAUCGAGAAUUUAAUGAAGAGUAUAACAUUUAAAUUAUUUUAGAGAUCUAAUUGAAAAAUAUUAAGAAUAAUUGAAACCAAAGAAAUAACACAGUUAUUUUGACCAAAGAAAUUCUUCUAAAUAGAUUAUAGUAUAUAUCAUAAACUAAUAAAAUAGUCAGAAUAUAUUUACUUAAAAUACAUUAGAUUAAUGUAGUAAAUAGAGGAAGGCAAACAUUUAUCCAAAUAAAAAAUAAGCUAUUUUAAUUUAGAAAAUAAUACAAGGGUUGAGGAAUUAAAAUAUAAAUUGAAGAAAUUAUAGUGGAGAAUUUAAAAUAGAGAAAAAGAUGAUAGCAUUGUUUAACAUUCUUUUAAGAUUAUACCUGAUAAUUAAUGUGAUGAUACUGUUUUGCCUUUACAAACAACAGAAUAGAACUAAGAAAAAUAGGUUAUAAAUAAAGGGUAGUUACCAAAAUAAAAAAUUAUAUUAUCAGAAGCAUAGUUAAAAUAUUUGUGCAAAGCAUGUUUUGAAUAUGAUGAUUAAAUCAUAUAAUAUUAAAAAUGGAGAUAAACUAACUUACCUGAAAAUUAUAAUACUUUAACGGAAGAAUGUAAGAUUAAUAUAUUAUUCAUUUUAAGAAAUAUUACCUGUAAUCGAAUCUUUCGUCGUACCUGUUGUGAGAAUUCUAGAAUUAAAGGAUGAAAAUGAAGGAAAUCUUAUGCAGAAAGAUGAUUGGUGA